GAAGCAACUCUGGUUUUGUUCGUUUUGUUUACAAAUAUGGCGGACAUUCUUCGCUUUUGUUGAGGAACCGGUGAAGACAGAACCAAAGGAACGUAACCGCCAGUCCUGAAAAUAUAUCCAAAUGAACAGUCGAAAGUGUUGAAAUCAGUGCGCUCCCUAGAUCUACAUACGUAUCUGUGUUUCCUUUUGCUUUCCCUGUCUUUGAGACGUCCCUUGAACUUUGAAUGGUCCCUGGACAGUGGUCAGUAUGGACGGCCUGUACCUCAUCUGUGUGACCAGCGGCAGUGGUCUCCCUGUGUUCACUCGCUCUGUGGGGAACGUCAAACAA